AUGGCUCAACUACAACAAACGCAUAGGCACCGCCGCAGGGCCCCCUCAUUCUCCUCGACCCUCCUCGAAGCAAUCUACCGCUCGAUCGACGACCCAGAAAAAAACUUCUCCGGGCCCCACGCCCGCCAUGGCCCCGCACGAGUCGAUCACGAGAUCAAAAGCCUCAGACGUGCUAUCAAGAUCGAGAAAAGCCACACCGCCACCUCCAGACGGCAACCCUCGUCGUCCCACUCGGGCUCGUCCACCGACUCGAGCAUAUUCUCCUCAUCCGAGACGGAGCCCUCCUCGGCCCGAAACCCGAAACUCUGGCCCACGAACACUAUUCGGGCCGAGCCCGCCACGCCCAAGCGCGAGAGUCGGUUCACGAGGACCAUGUCGAGGGCCCUCAAGAUCUACGGGGACCUGAAGAAGGACAAGGAUCCAGGCUCGCCAGGCGGCAGGAUCGCGAGCUUCUUGAACUCCAUAUUCAGCCCGAGGAGGAGCAGUUGGGCCCCCGAGGAGUGUGGCCCGGUGGGGAAGUCGAGGUCGGUAAAGGACCCAUCCUCCUGUCUCAACAGAAACCGGAUAGAUGUCGAUAAACCGACGAGGGCCGUGAGGUUCUGCCACGUCAGUGCGGUUCUCGAUGAGGACAGCCGGGCUAGUGGGCCCGGCCGGUUUAUCAUGAAGGGCACGGACGGUCGGACAAGGUCACGUGGGUGUCGUGACGAUGCAGAGAGUGACGAUGAUCGGAGCUGUGCCAGCUCGGAUCUGUUCGAGCUGGAGAAUAUCGGUCGGGCCGGGAUCUAUGGGGAGGAGUUGCCUGUGUACGGGACCACGAGUGUUAUGAUGAACCGGGCCAUUGCUAGUGGUUUGAACUUUGAUGAUGUAGUGCGAUAA